CAGGCCCUGCCCUGAAGGGGCGAAGCGGCCCCGGGGAGCGCGGGAGGUGGAGCCGGCCCCGGCGGCCGCCCCGCGUCUCUCCCCAGCGCCACCUCCCCGGACCCAGCCCGAGGCAGACCCAGGCCCCAUCCCAUGCGGGGCGCCCCCGGCUCGGAAGAGUCCGGGGGUCAGGGAGCAGCCCCAGGCAGCAGUGCCCAAGGGAGAAGAAGAAGAAACGGUGCUCAGCUCGGGCGGCCCGGACCCUUCCCGCCGCCUUCCGAGGCGGGGGCUGCCCCGAAGUCUGCGCUUGGCACCGCCGCUCGGACUCCGGCAGCGCCUGCUGGGACCCCGACCCGGAACCCCUGCGCCUCGUAGGCGGCGGCGCCUCCGCGCCACCCGGCUCUUCCGCGGUCUCCCUCUGCCCAGCGGCAGUCACGGCCAAGAAAGUAUUAUGAGGGAGGCUGAGGACGCCACGCUCGGGGCAGAGACACGGCGCUGGGAUUAGGGCCUGCCACUUCUGAGAGGAUGCUGGGGGUCUGCAGAGGGAGACGGAAAUUCCUGGCUGCUUCGUUGACUCUGCUCUGCAUCCCAGCCAUCACCUGGCUUUACCUGUUUGCCGGGAGCUUUGAAGAUGGGAAGCCGGUGUCUCUGUCCCCGCUGGAGGCCCAGCCACACAGCCCCCGGUACACUGCGUCCAGCCAGCGGGAGCGCGAGAGCCUGGAGGUGCGAGUGCGCGAGGUGGAGGAGGAGAACCGUGCCCUCCGCCGGCAGCUCAGCUUGGCCCAGGGCCGCAGCCCAUCCCACCGGCGUGGCAACCACUCUAAGACCUACUCCAUGGAGGAGGGCACCGGCGACAGUGAGAAUCUUCGCGCCGGCAUCGUGGCGGGCAACAGCUCCGAGUGCGGGCAGCAGCCGGUCGUGGAGAAGUGCGAGACAAUCCACGUUGCUAUUGUCUGUGCCGGAUACAACGCCAGCCGGGACGUAGUCACCUUGGUGAAGUCUGUCCUGUUUCACAGGCGGAACCCCCUCCAUUUCCACCUCAUCGCUGACUCCAUCGCCGAGCAGAUCCUGGCAACACUCUUCCAGACCUGGAUGGUACCAGCGGUGCGUGUAGACUUCUACAACGCUGAUGAGCUCAAGUCUGAAGUUUCCUGGAUCCCCAACAAACACUACUCUGGGAUUUAUGGUCUGAUGAAGCUUGUCCUCACCAAGACUCUUCCUGCCAACCUGGAGAGGGUCAUCGUCCUUGACACAGACAUCACCUUUGCAACAGACAUUGCUGAGCUCUGGGCUGUGUUCCACAAGUUCAAAGGUCAGCAGGUCCUGGGCCUGGUAGAGAACCAGAGUGAUUGGUACCUUGGAAACCUGUGGAAAAAUCACCGUCCUUGGCCUGCCCUUGGAAGAGGCUACAACACAGGGGUGAUCCUGCUGCUUCUAGAUAAGCUGCGGAAGAUGAAGUGGGAGCAGAUGUGGAGGCUGACGGCAGAGAGGGAGCUGAUGGGCAUGCUCUCUACAUCCUUAGCUGACCAGGACAUUUUCAACGCCGUCAUCAAACAAAACCCCUUCCUUGUGUAUCAGCUGCCCUGCUUCUGGAAUGUGCAGCUGUCGGACCACACCCGCUCCGAGCAGUGCUACAGAGACGUGUCUGAUCUAAAGGUCAUUCACUGGAACUCCCCCAAGAAGCUGCGGGUGAAGAACAAGCAUGUGGAGUUUUUCCGCAACCUCUACCUGACCUUCCUGGAGUAUGAUGGGAACCUCCUGCGACGAGAGCUGUUCGGCUGCCCCAGUGAGGCUGACGUCAACAGUGAAAACCUCCAGAAGCAGCUCUCAGAACUGGACGAGGAUGACUUGUGUUACGAGUUCCGGAGAGAACGGUUCACUGUCCACCGAACCCACCUGUACUUCCUGCACUAUGAGUAUGAGCCCGCUUCAGACAACACAGACGUCACCCUGGUCGCUCAGCUCUCCAUGGACAGGCUCCAGAUGCUGGAGGCCAUCUGCAAGCACUGGGAGGGACCCGUCAGCCUGGCACUCUACCUGUCGGACGCCGAGGCCCAGCAGUUCCUCCGCUACGCGCAGGGCUCCGAGGUGCUCAUGGGCCGCCACAACGUGGCCUACCACAUCGUGUACAAGGAGGGCCAGUUCUACCCUGUGAACCUGCUGCGCAACGUGGCCAUGAAGCACGUGGGCACGCCCUACAUGUUCCUGUCCGACAUCGACUUCCUGCCCAUGUACGGACUCUAUGAGUACCUCAGGAAGUCUGUCAUCCAGCUGGACCUCGCCAACACCAAGAAGGCCAUGAUCGUCCCCGCGUUUGAGACACUGCGCUACCGGCUCUCCUUCCCCAAGUCGAAGGCAGAGCUGCUCUCGAUGCUAGACAUGGGGACCCUCUUCACGUUCAGGUACCAUGUCUGGACAAAAGGCCAUGCACCCACAAACUUCGCCAAGUGGCGGACUGCCACCACGCCUUACCGGGUUGAGUGGGAGGCCGAUUUCGAGCCGUAUGUUGUUGUGAGACGGGACUGCCCUGAGUACGACCGGAGGUUUGUGGGCUUUGGCUGGAACAAGGUGGCUCACAUCAUGGAAUUGGAUGCCCAGGAGUAUGAAUUCAUCGUGCUGCCCAAUGCAUACAUGAUCCACAUGCCUCACGCCCCCAGCUUCGACAUCACCAAGUUCCGGUCCAACAAGCAAUACCGCAUCUGUCUCAAAACCCUGAAGGAAGAGUUUCAGCAGGACAUGUCCCGCCGCUAUGGCUUUGCUGCCCUCAAAUAUCUCACGGCCGAGAACAACAGCUAGCACCAGGAAGCCCACCAUGAGCAACAGAUGUUCUGCAGGGUGGGGAAAGCCACUUGCUGUUUGGGGCCCAGCCUUCAAACUCAAAUUGAGCAUCACCGUUUUGGUUUUUUAUUUGUCUCUUUGGCCCAACUAAGCUGCCCUCAUUAUGGAGAUCUGGGACAAGGAUCCGGCCAACCCCGCUCUGGCCCAUGAUCCGUCAUUCCCAGAGCAGGGGAAAUCACCCAUCUACGCAGUCUCUCCAAGAACGGGACACGGAGGGUGAGAGGGAGCAAAGGGGUUAUCCUUCCACAAAGCCACACAGCCAGGUCUUUGGGAUGUUUUCAUUGUUUUUUUUCCUUUUUCUUUUCUUUUUUUAAAGGGAAGGCAGGGUGUUGGGGGUUAUCCAUCCCAGGAAAUAAAAGCAAAAAUGUCUCUUUAUCAGAGAAAACGUUCUUCUUCGCCCUACAGUUUAACCACGUAUCCAAAAGGAGGGCAACGCCCAUGAUCGAACUAUUGUACUUGACAUUGUACUUGACAGGACCUGGAGGUAGGAUCAGUUGGCUCCUUAUCCUCAAGGUCACUCUUGUUUUGUUUCGGUGGUGGUUGAGGGGGGGGGGGGGUUGUUUGUUUGUUUUGAGUCUGGGAAUCCCAAAUAGAAAACCUGAUUCUUUAAGGCUCCGAAGGAAAACCAGCUGCCUCAGCUAACAUCCCUUGAUCAGCAGUGGCUCAACCAAGAAGACAAGAGUCUUCAACCAUUGUUUAAACAUGGGUAGCCUUCUUCAGGAUGGUCCUCAAGGCCCCAUGACCUUAAAUCCCAACUGUUCAGAAUCCGGGGGCUACAGAGGACUGUGGGAGUGCAAAGACCAGCUAUUGUACAGCUGGUCUCAUUUUCUUUGGGCAGUGACUGAGUCACGGGGACAGGGCUUUAAAUGGAUGGUUUCUGUGCACGUGAAAGGUAUGAACCUCUCAGGCCUUUAGAAGAACUUUCAUUAUUCAGUCCUGAAGAUUCAUGAGCCCGUUGGGAGAACUUUGGGAAGAAUGUGUGGGGCUCCUCUGUGUUCCUGUCUGCUUUGCAGCGGCUGGGCCAAGGUCAUGACCUCAGGCUCCCUUGGGGACCCAUCCAAGGGUAGGCCAGCACCUUCACCAUCACACAGACUGAGGGGAAACUGGACUUUUUACCCAUUUUCUUGAAUCUUCAAUAUUAAUGUUGUGUUUACAUUGAUGAGAACAAGAGUCAGGGCCCCACUCUCUGCCGGGCUGUUUGUAUCGAGUUGCAGUGUGACCAGCAGGCGCUGCAUCAAUAAAUGCAAGUACAGACUGUUUCUUCCUCACUCCCCUCCCACUCUCUUAAGGACCUGCUGGAGACACUUCAGUGUAGAAAGCAAAGUUGAUAAACGGCAACUUUACA